AAUUGAAAUGAUUAUAAGUAAUAUAUUUCAUUAUGUAUUCAUAAUAUAUUUUAAUUAAAAUGAUCAGCUUCUAUAAUGAAUGUAAUUUUUAUAACAAAAUAGUAAUAAUUUUAUAACAGAGGAAAAAUUCUUAUAAUUUAGAAAAUAAAUCUUUACAUAAUUUCUUCACUUUAUUAUUUAUUAUUAUUAUUAGAUAUAAAUUUUUGAAUAUAAAAGAGCUCAGAUAUUGAAUGUUAUUUUUUUUUUUUUGAAAGAUUAAUAGAAAUAAAAGAAAUGAAAAAUCUGAAUCCAGUCAAGUAUAGCCGGUGUUAUCUAUACAAAUAAUAAAAAUAAAAAGUUAUGAAAGACUUAUAUACAGUACAAUCAAUACAUAUAUGCAGAUCAUUUUAAAAAUAUAUAAUACUUUGUAUUAAUUUUAAAAUAUUAUAAAUUUAUAAUUCAAUAUAAUUGCAUCAAUAUUUAAUUAAUUUAUAUAAUUACUAUUUUUUUGUUUGUAUUAUUUUUUUUUCUUUAUUGUUUAUAUUUUCCUUAUUUUUUAUAAUAAAUUUUAUAAAAUUCAAAAAUAAAAUAUUUUUUGUAUUAAUAUUAUAUAACCAAAAUUUUUCGUGAAAAAUUAUUAAUAAAAUCGAUUAAAAAAAUUAUAUAGUUCUAUUUAAAAAACAUAUUUAAUCUUGUUCUAUAUAUUCAAAAAAAAAACAAUAUAAAAUUAUAUUUUCUUCGAAAUUCUUUAAUUUUUAUCUGAAAUAUUUUUCAAAAUAUUUGACAAUGAAUUUCAUUAAAAUGAUUAUUUGAAAAAUAAUCAAAAUAAUUUUAUUUACAUACUUCAUAGUAUAUUUAUAUUUAAUUGUAUUAAUGGUUAGAAUAAAAAAGAGUAUUGAGACGUUCUAUAUAAUAUCGAUCUAUAUAAUAUCAAAUUUUAAUUUUAAUUGUUUUACGUCUUUCUGAAAUAUAUUUAUUUUCAAACAUAACAAUAAUUUUACAAUUACAUUAGUAAAAUGAAUUAAUCAGAUAAAAUUUUACUUAUAAAGAUAUAAAAUUUUGAAGAUAUUUUUAUAAAAAUUGAUAAAAUUUGAUAAAAAAAUUUCAAUAAUUUUAAAAUUCAUGAUUAAGUAUGAAUAUUUAUAUAAUUCAAUAUUGAUCUAAACCUUUUUACAAUUUUUAUAUUUAUUUAUAUUUUAUAUUUAUAUUUAUAUAUUUAGGCUGGAUGUAAAUUAAUUUUAUCAUCACAAAGAGAAACAAAAUUGGAAAAACUAAUUAUAUAAAAAUAUCAUAAUAUCGCAAUAUCGGAAGAAUUAAAAUUUAUCCUUUAAUUUAUUAAUGAAAAAACAAAAUAUUAAAAUAAAUAUAAUGUUAUAUGUUAUUGUUCUAUAAUAUAAAUAUAAAUAUAAUAUAAUAAAAAUAUAAUAUAAUACGGUAGACAAUUAUUUGUAACCUCAAUUAUUCAAAUUUGCAUUUCUAAAUUGCAUCAUCUUUUCGCGUCUAGAUAAGCAAUCAGCAGCGAUUAGUAGUUAUUUAAUGUAUAAAUUAUAUGUUACGUCUAUAUAUUUUACGAUAUAUACAUUAUAAUGCACAUUUCAAUUUUUUCAGUAGUAGCAAUUAUAUAGUGGCUAUUAUAUAUAUUCAAUUAAUAAUUUUAUUGUAAUUUCUAUAAUUAUAUAAAAUUAUAAAUAUACCUAAAUUUUAUCAAAUAUUACAAAUAUCAUAUAUUUCAAUUUUUCGAAUUAUUUUCGAAUAAUUGCCGUUCUAAAUUAUUUCUAAUUAAUCAAUUAUCAUUAAAUAAUCUAAUAUCUUGUAAGCUGUAAAACUUCUAAUAUAUACUGUAUUAAUUUAUUUAAUAUAAAUUAACAAAAUGGAUCUUUUAACUAUAAUUGGAAUGAUAGUUAUAAUUUAUUUUCUUAUUUAUAUUAUAUUGCCUUGGUUUUUGGAUUGUGAUUUAUGCCUUGCUUUUUAUGAGAAAUUUGGCAAACCUAUAAGUUCUUUAGAAGGAAAAAUAGUAUGGAUAACUGGAGCAUCAAGUGGAAUUGGAGAAAAUCUUGCAUAUAUUCUAGCAAAGGCUGGAUGUAAAUUAAUUUUAUCAUCACGAAAAGAAACAAAAUUGGAAAAAGUAAAAACUAAUUGUUUACAAAAGAAUAAAAAUUUGAAAAGUUCAGACAUUGAAGUGCUAGUUUUGGAUAUUCUUGACAUAAAUAAACAUGAAUUAGCUUUCAAUACUAUUAUUGCUAAGUUUGGCAGAUUGGAUAUACUUGUAAAUAAUGCAGGACGAUCUCAAAGAGCAAAAUGGGAGAAUAUUGAAUUAUCUGUUGAUAAAGAAAUGUUUGAUUUAAAUGUGUUUUCAACAAUAGCUUUAAGUAGAUUAGUAGCAAAAUAUUUUUUUCAAGUGAAUAAAGGUCAUUUUGUAAUUAAUUCAAGUAUUGCUGGUGUUACAGUAGUACCAUUUUCUGCUACAUAUUGUGCCUCAAAAUAUUCCUUACAUGCAUAUUUUGAAUCUUUAUCUAUGGAGAAAAUAAAUAAAAAUAUAUCUGUUACCAUAGUAUGUCCAGGACCAGUAGAAACUAACUUUUUAGCAGAAUCAUUUACAGAAAAAUCUGGUGAAAAAUAUAUAGUAAAUGAAAAAGAAAAACCAACUCAUAGAAUGACUGCUAAACGUUGCGCUACAUUGAUAGGAAUAGCAAUAGCAAAUAAGUUAUCUAUAGUGUGGAUUUGCAAAUCAAUUGUACUUCAAAUGGUGUAUUUACGAAUAUAUUAUCCAAAUAUAGGAACAUGGAUAAUUAAGCAAUUGGGAACAAAAUUUUUGCAUUAUUUACGUGAUAACAAAAGAAAUAUUGAAAAUAAUAAAUAAAUAUUUUUUUAUAUUUAUUAAUAUUUUAUAAUAAAAAUUAUAAUAAAAUUAUUAUAUAGAUUAUAUUUAUGUUAUGAAAUAAAAUUAUUAUAAAUUAAAAUCAGAGCAAAAUUAUACUCAAUUAUACUUUUUUAUUUUAUUAAUAUGAUUAUAUUUGAUUUAUAUUUGAUUAUAUUUUAUAAUAAUAAAUAUGAUAAAUUUAUUUAUCAUAUUCUUAUAUUUAUAUUACAUUAUUCUAAUAAACAUAUUAUGCUUCAUUUUUUAUAA